CAUACGCGCAACCCUUUUACCGCCCAACAGACAGACAGACAGACAAGACAGAGACAGCAAGACGACAGGCCGAUAUCCCAAAGCGAGACACCACCGUCCACCACACGCGCCUCUUGGCAAGCACCAGCCCUCAAACGGUGCCAACGAUCGCCGAAAGUCUACAAGACCCCUGAGCCCGGUCGCACUGCUACCACCUUGUUGGACCAAUCCGCACCCUCUCCUGACGCCGUUAUCCCCUCUAAAGGCUGUGCCACCAAGAAAACCAGCCUAACAGGAAGACGUACCGCCACGGCAAUCAAAGACACACAUCCACGAGCACGCAACCCUCAUCAAGCGCUACUUGGGUACCUACACGUACCUCCUCCACGUUCUCCUGCUCCCGCUUCUCUUGUGCUGCUUGCUCCCACGACUCCCAGUCUUCCUGGAAAAACACUGGCGCACUUCAUUCCCCCCCCCUCCCCAUACCAAGUGCGCUCGCUGCACACACCCCCAACCGAGCGCCACAGCAAGAGCACAGACACAGAAGCCGUCGACGCAAUUCGCCAACUGCUCUCGAUAUCAAACAUUUCGCCAAAGAAACAGCGUUGA